AUCAAAACAGCAAAAGAUGAUACACUAGUAUCAUCCAUCAAGCAAAGGAUGGAAGAUAUUUCUUCAUUAAAAGUAAUCUUCAGAGUCAACAACCAAAACGACAAGUCGUAUGAGCCGAAUAAGAUUUCCAUUGGCCCAUUCCACAAUGGAAAUCAAAAGUUGAAACAAUUGGAAGAUCACAAGUGGAGAUACUUGGCUGCUCUUCUCAAUCGAAAGCCAAACUUGGAAGAAAGCUUAGACAGUUGUGUUAAGGCAUUAAGAGAAUCUGAACAUAGAGCUAGAAAUUGCUAUGGUGCACCUAUAAACCUUAGUAGCAAUGACUUCAUUCAAACCAUGCUCCUUGAUUCUUGCUUCCUCAUAGAGCUUUUCCUUAAGUUUUCCAUAAAGGGUCUUAGACGUCGAAACGAUGUCAUAUUCACAACUCGUGGUUUCCUCUUUGAUGUGAGGCGUGACAUGGUUUUGUUAGAGAACCAAAUCCCAUUGUUUGUUAUUCAACAAAUAUUCCACCUCGUACCAAUCCCCCCACAAUGUACUAUGUCAUUUAAUGAGUUAGCUUCGAGAUUUUUCAAGAAUAUGAUCCCGGGAGACUUUGAGUUUCUUAAGGAUAAGUUUAACCAAGAAGGGUAUCAUUUACUUGAUCUCCUACGACGUUGUAUCAUCCCAACAUAUUCAAAAAUGACACCAAAAGAUGAUCACAAUGAUGAUCAACAUUCUAACCCUGACUCUCAUUUGGACUAUGCUAGAAAGCUUAAAAGAGCUGGUGUUAGAUUCAAGAAAGGGAAAUAUAAUAGCUUGUUGCUUGAUGUUAAGUUUGAACAUGGUGCCAUUCUAAUCCCACAUCUAAAAAUCCAUGAGUGCAUUGAAGAGCUAUUCAAGAACCUCAUUGCUCUUGAGUCUCACCUUGAUGAUGACACGCAACAAACGACGUCGUAUGCCUUCCUCAUGCGAUGCCUUAUUCAUUCUGAGAAAGAUGUGACAUUUCUGAGGAAAAGAGGUAUUUUGAGUUACUAUGAGAAUAAGGAGAAAGAGAUUGUUGGCAUGUUUCAAAAGCUUGGGAAUGAAGUCACUGCCAAAGAUUUCUAUUACUUGAGGCUUAUUGAACAAGUGAAUAAGUACAAAACGACAAGUAUGAAUGCAAAGUGGGAGAAAGUAAAGCGAGGCUACGCCAAAACUCCAUUGUCGUUUUCGGUUUGUGCUUUGGCCAUUAUACUCCUUGUUCUCACCUUUGUGGGUGUCUUCUUUUCUGUGCUUUCCUUCUUUCUUCAUCGUUCUUAAUUUUAUUUUUUUCAAUUUUUUUUUUUCGUUUUUUGAGAUUUCAAUUUGAUACAACUUAUGAUCAAUAAUAAUGGGAAUAUUUUGAUGUAAUUUUUUUCAAAGUUUUUUGGUGGGUCAUGACUUUUAUUCACACCACAGGGACAUUUAACUAGAUAACCUUAUUAAUUUAUUAGUUGUGCUAUAUAAUAAAGUAAUAUCCCAAGUGGUAAAACUAUACCUUCUUCACUAUGUCAGACUACGAAGUCAUCUUUUUUUUAUAUACCCAUUUGACACAUAGCUAGAUUGCUUAAUCUUUAGACAAUUUUAAAAGUGGAAUAAAACAAACUAUAAAUUGGGAUUCACUAA